AUGCCGACCCCAGCAGAAUUGCUUGCGCAAAAACACAGUGCAUUUUCCGAGGAGCCAGAGACUCCCAUAGUUUCGGCCACCGAAUCUUCCGCUCCGUCGUCCGCUCCGUCUGAACCUUCGACGCAGGAGUUCGACACCGACGAAGAUUCCGCACCCAACGGAGCCAUGAAGAAGAUCUCCAUUGACGACGAGACGUUUUUCCCGGCCUUGGGCGUGUCUGUUGGAGCCACUCCGGGGAAAUGGGGGCCUUUUCUGUCGAAUGGACGCAAAUCGGGGCCAAUCACCCAGUCGUCUUUUAAGCCGGCAGUCAAGUCAUCCACCACCCAAUUGACGUUCAUUGUGGACGCUGCGGAGCAGCUGCCUGUCUCUAAAAACGAUAUGUUUAAGAUCAUCUCCAAGAUCAAAUCAUCCUACGAUGUGAAGGUUGAGUCAACAUUCUCCGCCGCUACCAACAAAAGAACGUUCCUUUUAUCUGGACCCGCUUCCACGAUCCAGAAGGCUAAAAAAGACCUAAUCAAGCAGCUUACAAAACCCGUCAAGAUCGAGUUCGGCAUACCGUUCAAGCUUAUAUCAACUGUGAUUGGGUCACAGGGAAGAACUUUGAAGCCAAUCUUGGAAUCGACAGGAGUGAAGAUAGACAUUGCACGAACAGGCAACAACGAGUCGUCAGAUGACGACGACAUCUUUGGAAACUUGAGCACAGUGGUUAUCGAAGGUGACUUGGACAGCUGCAAACAAGCCCAACAAAAGAUCAUGGCCAUAGUCAACGAACAUACCCAAAACCUGACCGUGAAAGUUCCGGUCAGCGAGACUCUGAAACGAUUCGUCAACUUGGAGUUGAAACAACAGCUGCCUUUGGACGUGGAAGUCGAUCUGCCACUCGAAGAUUCCAAGUCAUCUGCAUUGUACUUGUCCGGACCAAGAGAAUCCGUUCUUGAGGCCAAAGAUGCUGCAAACACGAUCAUUAAUUUCCUGGGAACAAGAAUUGUCACUGAGGAACGCACGGUUCCGAAAUCUAUUCACCAGUUCCUGGACAAGGACAAGAUCUUCAGCAACACGGGCGUGUUGGUGGACGUUCCGGCGGAAGACUCUUCGACCACAGUUGUCAAAUUUAUUGGUCUCAAAGAUAACAUUCCAAAGGCCAUCAGCUUCGGUAAGCAGCUUUCUCAAGAUUAUGCUAUCGACUCUCUAGAUUUGGCCAGAUCACAUGGCGGAAACUAUCUGCAUGCCAAAGCAUUGACUGCAUUUUUUAUCUAUACUGGAUUAUUUGACUCUCUGUCCUCUAAAACAGAUGUCAAGAUCAAGGCCCCAACUUAUGCUUCUCUUGCUGAUGAUACUCAGAAGAGCGUCAACCUCGAGUUUGUGUGUCACAAGGAUGCCAAAGACUCUUUGAAGUCUGUCAGAAGAGAGAUUGUCGAGAUGGUGAAUAAAACAACUCCUUCGUUCGUUCGUGUUGUCACCGAUAUCGACUCUUUUGUCUUGGACAGCUUGGAUACCACUGUUGCCGACGAGAAAAACGUCAAGAUUGUUCCACUUGGAAAACUUGCCGGACUUACCAACAAAAUCAUUCUUCUAUACCAACCAAGUGAUGAAGAGUUCUUACCUUCUUUGAAAGAAACUAAUGAAACCUUGGAUGCUGUGGACCACUCUUUAGACAACUUGAGAACUCUCAGUCAGGACCUGUCUCACCAGGUUUUGCCAAUGGCUUCAGCCGACCAAGAGCUUUUGGCAGCAAACAGUUUGAACGUCAUUCUUUCAAAAUAUGGGUCCUCCAUUAAUAUCAAACUUCACCAGAACAGUGAGGAAUCCAGUGCUGAUGAGCUCCUUGUUGUUGGCUACAAGAACGAGAUCUCCAAGGUUGUUGACGAGUUGAAACAAGCAAUUGACGAAAUCAAGAACUACGAGACUGCCUCCAAGUACAACCACACAAUUGAGUUCCCAACCAGCCAACUCUCUAGACUUAUUGGUCAAAAGGGAGGACAUCUUCAAGGCUUGCAAGACCAGUUCAAUAUCAAGAUCGACGUCUUCAAAGGUGAAGAUGCCGCUGUUGGCGAUAAGACUCAAGUCAAGCUGACAGGAUUGAAGAGCAAUGUCGACGAGUGUGAAAAGAAACUGAGCCAGCUUGCAAAGAAAUGGGUGGACGAAAAGACUGUUGUUUUGAAGAUUGAGAAGAAAUACCACCGUAAACUCAUCGGACCUUCUGGAGUUUACGUCCACAGACUCAACAAGAAGUACAACGUCAACAUCAAGUUCCCAUUCGAGAAUGCCACGGGUCACCAGGACGAGGUUGUCAUUACAGGUCCUUCGAAGGGUGUCUCCAAAGCUGAGGAAGAAUUGCGGGAGCUUUGGCAAUACGAAAAGGACAAUGGUUUCCGUGAGACCUUGAAGAUUCCAAACAGUAUUCUGCCACGGUUGAUUGGAAAGUCUGGCGAACAGGUGAAAGACCUGUCUAUCGAGACUGGUGCCGACAUCAAGCGUUUGAGAGAAAAAAGCAACGACGAGACGGCCGAGUUCGAGAUUACUGGUACCAAGGAGUCGAUCAGAGCAGCUGUGAAGAAGAUCAAUUCGAUUGUGGAUCGUAUUCAAAACGAGGUGACAGAGACCAUUGAAGUUGAUACCAAAUGGCACAAGCAUCUUGUUGGUCCUGGUGCCUCGAAGAAGACCGAGAUCAUUUUGAAUGCGUGCGGACCAAACGACGAGGCUGAUUUCAGAAGACUGUUACAAGUUCCUGCUGCUGGAUCGAACUCGACUAAGAUUGUUUGUCAAGGAAACAGGGUUGUUGUUGAGAAGAUAAUACAGCAGGUGAACAAGAUUAUUUUCGAUUUGGAGAACGUGACCAGCGAGACUGUUUCUGUUCCAAAAAAGAAGCAUAGUUUAAUCAUUGGACCUGGAGGUACAGUGAGAAGAGCUUUAGAGUUAGAGCACCAUGUGCGGGUCAACGUUCCGAAAAUCGACCAACAGUCGGACGACGUUGUUGUUCGUGGAUCACCGCAAAAUGUGGAGAAGGCCAAGGCCGCAAUCCAGAAAUUGGUAAGCUAG